CAGCCGGGAGCAGGAGGCGGGGCCGGAAGCGGCCGUCGGAGGAGGCGGCGCCUGCGAACUACGCUUCCCGGCAUCCCCGGGCGGUGCAGCGGCGGUCGAGGCUGCCGGGAUCCGUAGUGCGGAGGAGGCGAGCGGGAUGUUGCCGGUGGCGCUGCCGUUGGAGCGCGAGCGGGACGGGGCGCUGCUGCGGCUGCGCUUCACCUGGCUGGCGGCCGGGACGGUGGGCUGCCCGCUGGGCGGCUUCCUCUUCUGCCUGGCCUGGUCGCUGCUCUUCCACUUCCAGGAGGCCACCGCCACCCACUGCGGGGUGCCGAACUACCUGCCGUCUCUGAGCGCCGCCAUCGGAGCCGCCACCCCCGAGCGCUACGUCUGGCGCCUCUGCAUCGGCCUCCACUCGGCGCCGCGGCUGCUGGUGGCCUCGGCCUACUGGCGCCACUACCGCGGCUGCCCCUGCCUUCACCCGCGAUACCCGCGCCUCUGCCACGCCGUCCUGGCCCUGUCGCUGGCCGAGAACCUGGGCCUCCUCCUGCUCACCUACGUCUCCUCCGCCGAGAACCACGGUUUUCACCAACACGCCUUCGGCCUCUUCAUUGUGUCGGCCCUGGGACACAUGUUCCUGACCUGCCUCCUCUGGCGGCUAACCAAGAAGUAUGCCAUCAGUCCGGAGGAGCGCAAGUCCUACAAGUGGAAGUGGAGGCUCUCCCUCUUCAACCUGCUGACCUUCCUGAUGGCCGUCUGCUGCUACUCCCGCCACAACCUCUACUGUGAGGCUGGAGUGUACACGAUGUUCGCCUUCCUGGAGUACCUGGUGGUGCUGUCCAACAUGGCCUUCCACAUGACCGCCUGGUGGGACUUUGGCAGCAAAGAGCUGGUGGUCAGCCCCCAGCUGGAGGACAAGCGCUUCUAGCCGGGACUGGCCGGCCAGCUGGUGGAGGAACCUCUCCAUGGGGGGGGGGAGGGGGGCAAUGCCGCUGCUUUGGGAAGGGGAAGAGGGAGCCCCCCCCAGGAAAUGACUCUCCCAGCCCCCCCCCCUGCUGCUCUCCAAAGGACAUUGGGAGCCACUGCCUACUGGGGGGGGGGGAUUUAUGCUCCAGGGUGGAGGGGGCAGGGCCCCCUCCCGUUCCAUGGGAAAGGCUCCCUCCUGGGGGAGUGGCGCCUGGCCCCCUUCGGCCGUCAGUUUCCCCCAUUGGGGUUUUUGCUGUCCCUAAGGAAGGUGACAGCAGGGUUGGGUCCUGGGGGUGGAGCAGAUGGGCAGGAGGGGUUGAGGUCCUUGAGGCUCUCCCCUCCCCUCGGGUUUUAGCUUUUGUGUUGAUAUCCCCAGGCAGGGGGGAGGGGAGGGGGGGCUGCUGUGAUGUGAUGGUGCUAACCUCCCUGCUUCGGCUCCCUUCCCUUCCAGAGACGGGGGGGGGGGGGGGCUGGGGAAAGGGUCGAAGGGCGUCUUGUGUGGCUCCUCCCGUCAAAGGUGCAGAUGUGGAGGAGAACCAGGCUGCUGUGCGGUGGCUGCUGCGUGGCCGGAACGGGCUUGCACCACGACCAAAGGAAGGGGCUCUGCUAAACGGUUGGGCCCGGGGGAGGCCGGACAAGGCCCGGGGCUUCCUCUGGAGCCGGGAUGGGGGUGGGAUGGGGGGGGGGAGAGAGAGAGAGAUGGAUUCGCUCCCCUCCAAGUCCCUUCCCCCUAUCCCCCCCCCCCAGGAGAAGGGAGGCUGAGCGGAGGGGAGGCUCCUCCGCUGGCCCCGACCCCAAAUGCGUCCUCUGAAGGUCAAGGCCUUCGGACAGGGGCCCCCCUGACCCCCCCCCCCGAAGCGGUUCCAUCCCCUCUGCCUCCCGUCUCCGUGCAGAAACAUUUGACUUCACAGAUCAUGUGUUUUCAUCUACUUUUUACUCUCCCCACAAAAUAAAGGAGUAUUUUUUUAAAA